GGAAGUCCGGGUUGCCUACAUUCUAGAGAAAUGGCUAUUCUCAUUCUUACAACAUUAGCAACUAAUCUUGAUGGAUAGCGACUAAUUUAUUUCAAGGGCGGAUUUGUACUAUCGAGACUCGUCGCUGCACUGUUUUGUGCUAAAAAAAAAUUAACAUGAACUUAAAUGUUGCGUUUUAGUUGGUCUCUAAUGUGUAUGUAACGUUAGGCUUAGCUAGUUUUGCUUUUAGCUAACUAACGUUGCUUGCUAGCGCGUUAGCUGCCAAGCCGAUAGACCGAGCCAUCGUUCAUCUAGCUACUUAGAGUCUGUUAAUGAGAAAUAAAUAGGAACUCAUACCAAAAGAGAACUGUAUUUUUUUUCAAAAGAAUUUUAUUGACCGGGCUAAUUGAGCCGCUCCUAAAUGCCCGAACAAGGCCCUAGGAUGAAUGGGUUUUCUCUCGGCGAACUAUGCUGGCUGUUCUGUUGUCCGCCUUGUCCGAGUCGCAUCGCGGCCAAGCUAGCUUUCCUCCCACCGGAGCCCACGUACUCGGUGCACGCCGAUGCUAACGGGGUAACUAGCUUACAUUUAACCGAACGGGCGGACUGGCAGUACUCUCAGCGAGAGCUCGAUGCAGUGGAAGUUUUUACCACCAGAAGCAGUCGGGGUAACCGGGUCGGGUGUAUGUUUGUGCGUUGUGCCCCGAACAGUCGGUACACGCUUCUGUUUUCCCACGGUAACGCCGUGGACCUUGGGCAGAUGUGCAGCUUUUACAUUGGCCUCGGCUCCAGGAUCAACUGCAACGUGUUCUCCUACGAUUACUCAGGCUACGGAGUCAGCACCGGGAAGCCCUCCGAGAAGAACCUGUAUGCGGACAUUGAGGCGGCCUGGCAGGUCCUGAGAAACAAGUAUGGUGUACCACCUGAGAACAUCAUCCUGUACGGUCAGAGUAUUGGCACUGUGCCCACCAUUGACCUGGCUGCUCGCUAUGAAUGUGCUGCUGUCAUCCUCCACUCCCCACUAAUGUCAGGGCUACGGGUGGCCUUCCCCGACACACGCAAGACCUACUGCUUUGAUGCCUUCCCCAGUAUUGACAAGAUGUCGAAAGUGGCGUCCCCGGUGCUCGUGAUCCACGGCACAGAAGACGAGGUGAUCGACUUCUCCCACGGCCUGGCCAUGUACGAGCGCUGCCCCCGUGCUGUCGAGCCCCUGUGGGUGGAGGGAGCCGGCCACAACGACAUUGAACUAUACGCCCAGUACCUGGAGAGACUCAAGCAGUUCAUCUCCUUUGAGCUUCCCACCUCCUGAGGGGACCUCAGCAUUCGCAGGCCAGGGUUCAUCUCAACACAGAAGCCGCCUCCUAAUCAUCUCUUAACUUCGUCUCUUAGCAUAGGGGCAGGCCUGGAGUCAGAUGAUCACUGUUUUGCCCUAUCCUCGGGGCCAUUUCAGGGUAGACAUGUGUAGUGGACCGGAAGAGGAGGGGGGUUUAGAUUGUUGAGGUGCAGCCGAGAGUCAGUGGCCAUCAGCGGCCAGGAGUGAAGCUUUGGCUUAACAUGUACUGUCCCCAAAAACCUGGCCGGUGCUUUUACAUGUGGACACAGUUUGCCAAUGAGCCAAGGCCUGGGCAGCGUUUGCACUCGCAGCUCAAUCUGGAUUCAUUUCUCUACUCCAGCUCUCCUUCCCUUUCUCGACUCACUCCGUCUCCCUGAGCUUUUCUGUGCCAGUGUAUCUCACUGUCAACUUCAGUCUGUCACAUUUCCUCCUCCUGCUUUCCUCUUUUUCACCCACAAACCUUGCUUUUCUUUUGACCAAGUCUGCAAUGUUGAAGCUUGAUUUUUGUAUUCUUUUAUACCAAGUGAAGAAGUAUCAAUUUUGCACCUUGAGAUACACUUGAAUUUUUUUACUUUUUCUGUUAUUUUAAGUUACCAUUCAGGGGUUACCAACGAUUUGCACUUUUAAUGUGCAGAUAUUUUCAGGUAAUGAUUUUUUCUGUUUGGAUAUGUAUAUGUUGAUUUAGUUUAUCUGCAUUCCAUGUUUUUCUUAAUGCAGGUAGAACCUUUUUCAGUGUGAGAGGUUUAGAAGCUGUUAACCAGAGUGCACACCUGCACAUCUGGCCUUUUGUAGCUGGGAUCUUUGUAGUCCUCAUGCAUGCUACUCUCUCAUACAGGAACACAAUAAUGCCAAGUGAGAAAUCUAACAAUUUACAAAAUACCUAACACACUGGUGCAGUUCUAAAUGAAAAUGACUCAAGUUAAAUACUUUGGAGCCGGUGGUAAAUUCAGCGUACAGACAACACUUUCAUUACAUAAAGAUUUUGCCUAUUCACAAUAAUUGUACAGAUGAUAAACUUGAAAGGCUGCGGUAAAGAGCAAUGGGAACCUGAAGUAUUCAUUCAAAUACAUUUUCAUUGGUGGAACAUAUAUAUAUAUAUAUAUGCAAAAUCUAACGCUUAAUUUACCAGAGGACUUAAACAAUUUGUAAAAUCAUUGAGUUAUUGAGUAAACAGAUUUGAUCAACCUAUGUUGCAUGUAAUUUAAAAAAACUCUACACCUGGUAAAGCCAUUGUUGAA